CUUUCAUGCAAAGCAUUUUAUUUUGGUUUUUUUUUUUUUCUGCACCAUUGCCCUCAAUCAUUAUUACCCUUUUGAUUUUCAUUCACCCAUGUCUUCGUUAGUACCAUGAUCAUGAUUUUGAUGUUUGGCCCUGAAAUUUACCAGCAUGGAACCGGAUUUUGGAACAAAGAACAACCUUAAAUUAAAUCUGUUAUUUUGAAAUUUAUGUGGUGAUUUUACAAAAUAUGCAUUGCUGUAAAGAGAUGUCUUUUCAGCUGGAUCAUGGAAGUUUGUUGAAUGAGCAGAUUUUAUGCUUUCAAAAGUUUAUUCACUUUUGGAAGUGCUUUGCUCUGUCACAUGAACUCUGUUCCAAGGUUUUUUUGAUGGGCUUUGAAAUGGAGUUUGAAGACCGUUUCAGACACCAGGCUCAGAGACCAAAAUAUGAUUGCCUUCUUUUUGAUUUAGAUGAUACUUUGUAUCCCCUCAAAUCUGGUCUUGCAGAAGCAUGUCUCAAAAAUAUUAAAGACUACAUGGUUGAGAAGCUUGGCAUACACCCAAGCAAAAUUGAUGACUUGUCCAACCUCCUUUACAAAAACUAUGGAACAACUAUGGCUGGUCUAAGGGCAAUUGGAUAUGACUUUGACUAUGAUGAAUAUCAUAGUUUUGUUCAUGGGAGAUUACCUUAUGAGAACCUAAAACCAGACCCAGUUCUGAGGAACCUCUUGCUGAGCCUACCCUAUAGGAAACUUAUCUUCACAAAUGCAGACAAAGUACAUGCUGCUAAGGCCCUUAACAGGCUUGGAUUAGAAGGCUGCUUUGAAGGAAUCAUAUGCUUUGAGACCCUUAAUCCAAUCCACAAGAGCACUGUUUCUGAUGAUGAAGAUGACAUUGAGUUUAUUGGUUCAAGGUCAACCAAUCCAACCACUAGUAGUAAUGCUCCAGCCACUUCUCAAAUCUUUGACAUCAUAGAACAUUUUGCCAAGCCCAACCCCUCUUCAGUCUUGCCAAAGACACCAAUUAUCUGCAAACCAUCAGAAAAUGCCAUUGAAUUGGCCCUCAACAUAGCCAACCUCAAACCUCAAAGAACAUUGUUCUUUGAGGACAGUACCCGUAACAUACAAGCUGGAAAACGUGUGGGGCUUCACACUGUGCUGGUUGGUACAUCACAGAGAUGCAAAGGUGCAGAUUAUGCUUUGGAAAGCAUUCACAACCUUAAGGAAGCUGUGCCAGAACUAUGGGAAACUGAUAUCAAAUCAGAAGUUGCAUACCCUGGAAAACUAGCUGUGGAAACAUCUGUCACAGCUUGAGAUUUAUUAUUAUUAUAAAUAAUAAUAUUAUUAUUAUUAAUAAUAUUAAUAUGUCCAUCAAAUUAUGUCCCUUUUCCUUCAAUAUUGUUCAUUUAAUCAAUUGAAAUCCCACCACCAACCAAAGAAAAAAAAAAAAAAAAAACAAAAGAGAGAAAGAAAUGGGAAUUCCCCAACUUGAGAUGUAGUAGUUGUAGUUGAUGUAGAUGCUUUGUAAGAUUGCAAUAAAUUAGUCAUUAAAAUAA